CACCUUCCCUCCCCUAUCUAUAAAUACCUCCUUAGACCCUACUCGCGAUCUUUCGCUUUCCCUUUCUGAUUCUCCUCCUCCGCUGUUUUCCUUACCUUUCUAUUGACUAAUUAGGGUUAGGGUUAGGGUUUUCUCCCCUUUGAUCCUCUAAUCCAUAGGGUUUCGAUUCGUUCCUUGUCCAAAUCUCGGGUUCCUUGGGGCUUUGGAAUUACGGUUCCCCCUUCGGUGUAGGGCAUCUCAACAUGCUGGGAACAAGCGCGCAGUUUGCUCGCAGGCACCGGGACGAUCGGUUCUACGACGCCGCGAAGGUUCGCCGGAGCUCCGCCGCCGCCGCCGCCGCCGCUGCCGCGAAGGAGAAGAUCGCCGCCGUGGAGAACCGGGCGGGGGCCGGGGAUCCGCCCGGUCCGAGCAAUCUCGACCGUUUCCUGGAGUCGAUCACGCCGGUCGUGCCCGCUCAUUAUGCGUCGAAGACGCGGAUGAGGGGGUGGAAGGCAUGUGAUGCCGAACAGAGGCCUUACUUUAUUCUGGGGAACUUGUGGGAGUCCUUCAAGGAGUGGAGCGCUUACGGCGCCGGCGUUCCCUUGAUCCUGAACGGCUGUGAUGGCGUCGUUCAGUAUUACGUCCCCUACUUGUCCGGCAUUCAGUUGUAUGGCCUAGCAAGUAGACAGACUGAUAGCCCUAGACGUGCUGGGGAGGACAGCGAUGAGUCUUGCUGUCAUGAUUCGAGUAGUGAUGGAAGCAGUGAUUCUGAGCUUGCUGCUUCCGAGCUUGAAAACAGAUCGAAGUUUCCUGGAGAUUGGAUUCAGAGUCAUCUCUCAAAUAGAAUGGAUAGACUAUCUAUAAGAGAGCAGUAUGGAUCCUCUCAAGAAGGAUUUUCAAGUGAUGAUAGCGAAUCUGGGAAUUCUCAAGGUUGCUUGCUCUUCGAGUAUCUAGAAUCGGAUUCUCCUUAUUGCCGAGAACCUUUGGCUGAUAAGAUCUCAAAACUCGCUAGUUGCUUCCCUGACUUGAAGACUCUUAGAAGUUGCGACUUGUUACCAGCAAGUUGGGUUUCUGUUGCAUGGUAUCCCAUUUACCGUAUACCAACUGGACCAACACUAAAGGAUUUGGAUGCGUGUUUCCUCACAUUUCAUUUUCUCUCAACACCGUCAAGAGGUGUGGCGAACGCUGGUCCAGUCAUUACCUACCCACAGGGUGUUGACGGCGUUCCAAAGAUGCGUCUCCCUGCAUUCGGCCUGGCCACUUACAAGUUCAAGAAUGCAAUGUGGUCUUCAAGCGUGGGCGACGACAAGCAACUUGCGAGCUCCUUACUCCAGACUGCUCAUGACUGGCUCCAGCGACUACGCGUCAACCAUCGCGACUACCAGUUCUUUGUCUCGCACGGUGCAUUCCGCAAAUAAGAUGAAAACUUUGAAAGAAAUGUUCGCACCGAGAAGACGUAUUCUGUGUUUUGUUUGCCCCCCACCGCAAUCCGAACCCCUCCGGGGUCAACACUGAUGGCCGGCCGUGCACCAGGAGACGUGGGCUUGUCAUUGAGGAUCUGGCAUUUCGUCAGAGUACCAAACGCAUUAAAAAAAAAAAAAAACAAAACAAAAUUGAAAAAAAAAAAGUUGCAUUAGGAAAAUUACUCAAUAAGUAUGAAAGAUGAAAAGAAGAAACGAAACAUGAGGUAUAGUUAGUAGCCGUUCCUUAAAUGCAAGAAAUGUGAAAGGGACUUGAUGGCUAAUUGCUCCCGAAACAUGAGAUUAGGGAGUAUACUUCAUGGUAUAUUUCUAGCUUUUUCUACGGCACUCGGCCUGAUGCAGAAGAAAGGGGCAGUAAGUAUAAUCACUCCCUUUUAUAUGUGCAUAAUCUUACCAGAGUAAGUUGACAAUGCUUUGCUGUAUCAUGGACAUCCUAUGUUUUUUUGAUUAUGGGAUGGAAUAACUGAUAUUAAAUGCAUAGUUUCCUCUUUUAAGGUAUCUGGCA